GACCUCCAGCUCCUGUCUUCUGUACGGCCAUUUUCCCUCCCUCGUCGUCGUGUCCUUCGGUUACCCGCGUGAAAUGCUAUUGCGAUUUACAACUACAACCCGCCGUCAACUAUCCUGCAUUUAACCCUACCCUCUCUCGGUCUCUCCCAGUCCUUCCCAUUUUCCUUCCUCUGCCGCGAUUCCUCGUUUCUCAUCACUUUCCUGGGUUGGUCUUUCCCUGGAAAUCUCCAUGUAACGCCUGAAAAUGUUCCACGCUGGAAAUGGCUGGUUGUCGCCGGGAUUAACGGCAGUGUUUCUUUCCUGAAACGCCGAGAAGUGCGUUUCCAUAUCGUAUUCUGUGAUCCUCGGACGCGAAUGUUCGGUGGGGGACGUUUUUGGUUUGUUUUGAAUUUAUUGCGGCAGAGCGCUGAGGAUUUGUUGUGUUUUUUUAUUCUAAGGAUUUGCGUUUAGGUUUAGGGUUUUGCUAGUGUUUGUAGUUUGUUUGGAUCAGGACAAAGGUUAUUUUGGCAUUGCGUUGGAGUGUGGUGCUUUCUUCAUGAAUGUUAGGAUUUUACACGUUCCUUUUUUGUAUUGAGGUAUUUUUGGGAAUUAGGAGGGCACUGCCGGGGGGAAUUUUUGUAUGGGAAUGCGAAUUAGGGUUCUGCAUUGGUGAAAGAAAAUUUUUCCGAACGGGAAUUUUGAAAUGUAGGUUUAGGCUCGUGAAGGGAAGGUUAAUAUUGAUUCAAUUUGUGGUUAAGUGGGUGACUUGUGAAGCGGAUGUUGAUCAACAAUGCCAACCAUUAGAGCUCCGGCUACGAGGAAAACUACAACCCUUACGGUUGCCGUCAAAUGUAGGCCAUUAACAGGGAGAGAAUGGCAAAGAAGUCGAGAUAUUGUUCGUGUGAAUGACAAUAAGGAGGUCCUUGUAUUGGAUCCUGACCUGUCAAAGGACUACCUUGAUCGCAUACAAAAUCGAACAAAAGAGAAGAAGUACCGAUUUGAUUAUGCAUUUGGUCCUGAUUGUACAAAUUUGGAUGUUUAUGAGAAGAGUAUAUCUUCUACAAUUGCUGGGGUGGUUCAAGGUCUAAAUGCAACCAUAUUUGCAUAUGGCUCGACAGGAAGCGGUAAAACAUACACAAUGGUUGGGACCCAAGAUGAUCCUGGACUUAUGGUUCUUAGUCUGCAUACAAUUUUUGACCUUAUCAAAACGGACAGUAGCUCUGAUGACUUUGAAGUUACUUGUUCCUACCUUGAGGUCUACAAUGAAGUUAUCUAUGAUUUGCUUGAGAAAUCAUCAGGUCAUCUGGAGCUUAGAGAGGACCCAGAGCAGGGAAUAGUUGUUGCUGGGCUGAGAUGUAUCAAGGUUCACUCAGCUGAUAAGAUUCUUGAACUUCUGAAUUUGGGGAACAGUAGGCGGAAAACAGAAAGUACAGAAGCCAACACAACAUCAUCACGUUCACAUGCAGUUUUAGAGAUUAAUGUAAAAAGAAAACGGAAAAACAAAUACCGACAUCAAAUUAUCAAAGGAAAACUUGCUCUUGUGGAUCUUGCUGGGAGUGAACGAGCAUCUGAGACAAAUAGUGGAGGCCAAAAGCUAAGAGAUGGAGCCAAUAUAAACCGUUCACUUCUUGCUUUGGCAAACUGCAUCAAUGCUCUCGGAAAGCGGCAGAAGAAGGGUCUUGCUUAUGUCCCUUACCGCAAUAGCAAACUGACACGUAUUCUUAAAGAUGGUCUGAGUGGUAAUUCUCAGACUGUCAUGAUUGCUGCAAUAUCACCUGCGGAUGAUCAGUAUCAUCACACUGUAAAUACCUUGAAAUAUGCCGACCGAGCAAAGGAAAUUAAAACACAUAUUCAGAAAAACAUUGGCACAGUAGAUACUCAUGUGUCAGACUACCAACGGAUGAUUGACAGUCUUCAGAUAGAGGUUUGCCGGCUGAAAAAGGAAUUAGCUGAGAAGGAAUCAAAGCUCAGUAUCAAACCUGCUGGAAAAGCAGCAGAUGAUGAACUGUCCUGGUUGAAUAUUUUGAGUCAUGAAAUCAGUGAAAAUGUUCAGGAGCGGAUUAACCUGCAGAAGGCUUUAUUUGAGCUCGAGGAAACUAAUCUUCAAAACCGCACUGAGCUGCAACAUCUUGAUGAUGCUAUUGCUAAACAACAGGUUGUUGAAAAAGAGGGAGCAGUUGUACAGACCUUAAGAGGAAGGCGGCAAAUCAUUCUUGAUAACAUCCGUGACAAUGAUGAAGCUGGUGUUAGCUACCAAAAGGAAAUUGAACAAAAUGAGGAGCAAAGAUGCCAGCUACAAAACAUGAUUGAGGAAGCCAUUAGUAACAAUGGCAACAAAACCUACUUGCGCAUUCUCAGUCAAUACAGGCUCCUGGGAAUGGCUAAUACUGAGCUUCAGUUUGAAAUGGCACUGAGGGAUCAAGUAAUUCACAACCAACGGGAAGCACAAAUAAACCUCUGGAACUUGCUUUUGGGAUUAGGCCUUGAUGAGAAACAGAUACUAGAGCUUGCUGCCAAGCAAGGAAUAACUAUAGAAGACUGGGCAAUGACACCCCAUCUGGGCUUCUUGGAGAGGAUGCAGACACCAAAUCUUCUUUCUGGAAGAUUUAAUCAUUUUGGGUGUUUACCUUGCAUUGGGCAGUCUUAUUCCAAGUCAUCUUGUAUCUUCCAACGGCACCAGGACUUCAGAUCAUUUUGGAAGGGACAAUGGGACAUGGCUCGUACACUAUGCAGGGAAGAGCACCACAGCUCCUACUACUUAAUGUCUCAUGAUCACUCUCCAUCAGCCUACAUGGGGCUGAGGAAGAGUAAUGAGCAUUGGGUUGGUGGCAGGCCAAGUUCAUGGUUUGGCACUCCUGGUAACCAUCCUCGGGAUUCGUUGAAUUCUCAUCCAGAGAGGAGAUUCCAGUCUUCUCCAUGUAGUGAAGGCUGCAUAACAACCUCGUCUUUCAGUACUGCUUUUGGCCGGCAGCAGCAGGGCGUAUGGAAUAAUGCUAUGACUAUGGGGCAACAUCUACAUGAAGGUCCUUGUGUUGGAAUGAGUAGCAGCCAAGACCUGCAGCAAGGAAUGAUGUGUCAUGGUGGAACAGCGCCAGGUCUAUAUGGAUACAGCCCAUUGGAGCAAGGCUCUGCCAUGCGCAGCUCUAACCAUGUUUUCCAGCACACUGCACCCUCGAACCAACUGGAUUUGCCCCAAAUUCGCCCAUCAUAUUCGAGGUCGAUUUCCUUUAGUUCCCCUAACCCUGACUUCAAAUAUCACCCCACCAAUUUUGUAUAAUGCCCUUGUAUUUUCAUUACUUCUUGCUUUCUGCCCCAUCCCAUUUUUUAGGCUAUUUUUCCUGUCAAAUGUGUAAAUAUUAGGUAGUAAUGAUCUAGAAUCUUUGUCCUAUAGGUGAACUCAGAUUCAGCCAAUUGUUUUUUAACCAAGGAAAGGGGAAGUUGGUUCGCUAAGUUUAGUUUAGGAAGACUAGAUACAUAGACAUCCAACCAAAGAGGUUGAGGAAUGUAAAUGUACCACUGUACUUGUACAUAAGUGUGAUACCUUCAUUGUUGUAAACUCUUUGUGGUGGUGCUUUAGGCUUAAUUACAUUCAAAAUUGACGAAGUUAUUUUCGUCUUACAAAAA